AUGGGGGUGAACAUCUUUGCUUUGACAGUGUUCACCUUGAGUCACCUGUGGCCACAUGUCCAAGCUUCAAGUGUAGUUCGGUUAAACACAGGGCUUCGGGUAACCAGAGGCCAGUCGGUAUUUGUCACGGCUGGUGAACUUCAGUUCCACACGGAUGGGGUAUCUGAGGCCUGUAAAGUCGAAGUAGUGCUCACUGAACCCAUCACACAAAGAGUGGGGAAACUCACUCCUCAGGUUUUUGACUGCCAGUUCUUUCCGGAUGAGGUGACGUAUGUUCACAAUGGCAGCCCACUUCUAGAAGAGGACACUGUCAUGCUGAGGGUCUACAGGUUUACAGAAACUGAGACUUUUGUUGAGACUGUGCUGCUAAAGGUUCAUGUGGUGGAACCUCAAAGGAGCCUCACAGAGCUUGGAAAUGUUCCUCUAGUGGUUUCUGAGUUCUACAGCCUUUCCAAUGCCAUCAAUAGCAGUGUCCUUACCUUUAAAAACCAGCCCGAAGUGAUCUGCACGGUACGUCUUCUCAGCUCUGAGAUCAACAUCCCAAUGCUUGGUCAACUGGUCACUGAGGAUCCUGAAUCAAUGCCGGCUUCUGAGCCUGGACCGAGAAAAGGACGUCAUACUGGAAUCACCUGCCCAGGAAAUAAAGUCUGUGACCACAACACAAGAGAAGUAGAGUUCUUGAAGACCGACUGCGCCGAGUUCCUCACUUCAGGUCUGAAGUACCAGCACCUCAGUCCUCCAUCACCUGAGAUUGAUUAUAUCCCAAUCAGGGUGGAGUUUAGGGACCAGACCUCCCGAGCCAUGCUGGAGACUGAGAGUAUCUGGAUACCUGUACUGAUCCAGGGGGCCAUGCAGAACCAACCCCCCAGUGCUGCCUUCAUGUCUACAUUCAUCCUGGAGGUAGAUCAGUUCAUCCUCACACCCAUGACCACUGCUGCCCUGGAUGCAAAAGAUGACGAGACCCCUCAGGCCCGGCUGAUCUUCAAUGUGACCAAACCUCCAGCGGAGGGAUAUAUAACUCAUUUGGAUGAUCACACCAAAACUGCAUUCUCCUUCUCAUGGCAAGACCUGAAUGAGAUGAAAAUUGCCUAUCAGCCCCCAAACAGCAGUCACACAGCCAGGAGGAACUAUGAGGUGGAGUUUCAGGCCAUCGAUGGCUCAUUUGUGCCGAGUCCUCCUAUCUUAAUGCACAUCUCUAUCCGCACUGCAGAGACCAAUGCUCCUCGAGUCUCAUGGAACAUGGGGUUGGAUCUGCUGGAAGGCCAAUCCAGACCAAUCACAUGGGAGCACCUACAGGUUGUUGAUAACGACAACAUAGAUGCCGUCACCCUUAUAGCUAUGGACGGCCCACUUAAUGGACACUUAAGUGUUAGAGACCUCAAACGCAGGGACUCCGACCCUUGGGAUAGUCCUCAGUCAGCCUUCGGCCAAAUGGAAAGCUGCCGCCCAAUGUCCUCUUCCGUCGAGUAUGACAGCACAAACUCCAUGAAAAAAGAUGCAAUGGUUCCAGUGCUUAAGUCCUUUACUCAGCAUGCAGUGAAUCACCACAAAGUGGCUUACAUGCCUCCAAUAGAGGAUAUUGGCCCUGAACCUCUCUUUGUGCAGUUUGUGCUUUCUGUGAGUGACCAGCAGGGCGGCGCUCUCACAGGUCUCACCUUCAACAUCACAGUCAUACCUGUUGACAACCAGGCCCCAGAAAUGUUCACUAACUUGUUGAGGGUCGAGGAAGGUGGUGGUAGUUUCUUGAUGGAGGAGCACCUCCUGGUGCAGGAUGUGGACAGCUCAGAAGAUCAGCUCAGGGUUCACAUGAAGACUCAGCCCCAACAUGGAAGACUGGAGCUGCAGGGCACAGCAAUGCUAGAGGGAGACAGCUUCAGUUUGCAGGACCUAAAAGCAUUGAGGGUCAGAUACAUUCAUGAUGACUCUGAGACCCUGAAGGAUAGCAUUGGUCUUACUAUCACAGAUGGAAUCAACUCUGCAUAUGGAACGCUUUUAGUUCAGAUCCUGCCUGUGAACGACGAACCCCCACAGUUAGGCUACGACUUGAGGGCUGAACUGUCCUGCAAAGAGGGGGGUCAGGUCCAUAUUACGGUUGAGUAUCUCUCUGCUACAGAUGUUGACAGCGAGGACACUCGGCUAACAUACAUGCUUGCCAGAACACCUGCACGUGGGGUGCUGCAGCGAAAUGGGGUCACCGUGGACAAGUUCUCCCAGCUGGACAUGCUAAAUGGGCUCAUCUUCUACCUGCACACAGGUGGUGAGAUUGGACCAGAUCCUGUCUCAGACACUGUCACUCUCAUUGUGUCAGAUGGAGAGGCUGGAACAAUAGAUGACUGCUGCCAGGAGGAUGCUCUCCCCCCACCCGUCCCCCUGCAUGGCACGCUUCCGGUCUGUGACCUCAACAUCACUGUGAUGCCCGUUAACAACCAGGUCCCAACCAUAACGCUGGGUAACAUGUUUGUGGUAGAUGAGGGUGCCAGUGCAUGUCUGUGUGGGGGGGUUUUGGAGGCAUCUGAUCCUGAUAGUCAUCCAGACCAGCUCAUGUUUCACUUGGUGACCCCGCCACAAUAUGGGUUCCUGGAGAACACCCUUCCAUCCCCUGGCUUUGAGAAAAGCAAUGCUGGACUCCGAGUGGUUUCUUUCAGCCAGCUCCACCUCAGUUCGGGUUUCAUCAACUAUGUCCAGUCAGUGCACAAGGGUGUAGAGCCUACAGCAGACUUCUUUACCAUCACUGUCAGUGAUGGGAUUCAGAGAUCAGCACCAUUGCCCUUCUACAUCAUCAUCAACCCUACCAAUGAUGAGAUCCCAUCAUUGCUGCUUAGCAACUUCACAGUCAUGGAGGGAGGGAUGAAAGACCUCAGUCCUGAUAUUCUAAAUGCAGUGGAUGGUGAUAUUCCAGCAGAUACUCUUACCAUGACCAUCCUGUUUCCCCCAGCCCAUGGCACACUGGUCAAUGGCAUAUAUGGUCUCAAGAUGAAUCGCUACAAAAACAUGAACCCAGAGGUCCUCCAACGAACCUUACCAAUCCAGUCUUUCACCUUACAGGAGCUACAACAAGGAAUGAAGAUUAUGUAUAUGCACGACGACACAGAAACCCUCAAGGACGCUUUCACCAUACAGUUGACAGAUGGUGGGCACACAGUCCAGGGGACUGCGUGUGUCCGCAUCAUACCAGUCAAUGAUGAAAAGCCAUGGCUACUAAAAAAUGCAGGCAUUGAGGUCGAGGCCCUGGAGAAGAGAGUCAUCUCCAGUGCAGUGUUGGAGGCAGGGGAUCAUGACACUUCCAACGACCAUCUUCUCUACAUCCUCAAUGCAGGUCCCAGAUUUGGCCUACUUCAGCUCAGGACAGAAGCUGGAUGGAUUGACCUGAGUCCAGGUCAGAAUUUCACCCAGGAAGAUGUGGAGAUGAAUCGCCUAUGGUACACUCACACUACAGUUAGUGGUUUCAAAGGCCAUGACAGGUUUCACUUUGUUCUCAGUGAUGGAGAAAACACAACACCUCCACAGAGUUUCUUCAUCUCUGUCCGCACUGUUCAAAAGGGUGAAAUCACUCUAAUCACUAAACCUGUGACCUUGAUGGAAGGAGAGCGAGUCAUUCUGACCACUGACAUUCUGAUGGCCACAGACAGUGGAAGCGAGCCAGAUGAGCUCAUAUACACUGUAUCAGUCCCACCUGAACAUGGUCACCUACACAUGGUCCAAAGUCCAGGGAUUCCAGUGCUUUCCUUCUCCCAGAUGGAUGUGGCUGCCAACCGGGUAUGCUACACUCAUGACAACAGCCGUUUUGCUGACCGUGAUUCUUUCAGCUUUGCCGUUACCAACGGUGUAACGUCCAGAAGAGGUACCAUUCAUUUCACUGUGGAACACAGUGACCGUAUACCACCAACCCUGACUAUCAACAAAGGCCUUGAGCUCACAGAGGGCUCUAUGAAGACCAUUUCCACUGAUGACCUGAAACUGACUGAUCCAGACACAGCUCUGGAGAAUCUCACCUACAUCGUUAUUCAAAGCCCACAAUAUGGAAAGUUGCUCUUGAAAAGAUUACCCAUCUCUAAGCCUCGUUUCACGCAACUGGACAUCAACAACAUGGAUCUAGCUUACCAUCAUCUGAAUGGACAGGCCAAGAUCGACAGGUUCACCUUUCAGCCUACUGAUGGAACUAACACAGGUUAUCUGGAGUACGGACAGCUGAAGAGAGAACCUGCUGUUUUUACCAUACAGAUAGAGAUAUUGGACAAGAUUCCACCCAGUGUUAUAAACAAAGGGAUUCCAAGUACUGUGGAGAAUUUUCUGAAUGGCAAACAGGGCAUCUACAUCACCUCCAAAGAGCUGCGCGCCUCAGAUCCAGACAGUCCUGACGACACACUGGAGUUCACCAUCACAAGGCCUCCACACUUCGGUUACCUUGAAAAUGCCCUCACAGGUGCCUAUAUCAAAGGACGCUUUACCCAGAAGGAUCUGGAGCAGAAAGCAGUGCGCUAUGUCAUACCUGCAGACAUGGAAGUGACAGCGGACAGCUUUGAGUUCCAAGUUACAGAUCCUGCAGGAAACACCAUGCUGCCUGAAGUGAUGGAGUUCAGGUGGUCUCGUGUGGAGCUGUCGGCUUCCUGUUAUCGUGUUUGUGAGAACACAGGAACUCUAGCUUUGCAGGUGGUGCGCAGUGGGAACGGCAAAGAUCCGGCGUACAUCGGCAUACAGGUGGAAGAAGGAACAGCCAAAGUGGGGAAAGAUUUCACUCACAGUUCUGCCAACCUUAUACAGUUUGAUCCAGGUGUAAAUGUCAAAAUGUGGAACAUUUACUUCAAAGAUGACAGACUAGAAGAGAACCAUGAGAAAUUUGAUGUGGUUCUGAAGACCCCAAAAAAUGCUGUUUUGGGACAGAGGAACAAGGCCACAGUUGAGAUUGUGGAUCCGAGAAAUGGUCGGUGUAAUCCAGAUGAGCUUAUUGUUGAAGAAGAUGAGAAGCAACAUCCUUUCCAAAACCCACCACGCAUCCCAGAACCUGAACCACCUCUACUUGAGGAAUACACUCCAGACCCAAGGAGCGGAGUCCUUUGGGAGAACUAUCCACCAAGAGGGGACGUCCCAUAUCGCACACAUUUCAGCCAUUACAGCGAGGGAGAACAUCAGGACCAGGAGGCCUUUCACAGUCCGGGCCAAAGACAGCUGAGGUUCCUGGGUAGAAACGGGCACCGACCACAUCUGUCAGAGGUGGACAAGAGAAAUCAAGAAAGAGUUUGGAGAUUUCAUGGACUGAUCCCAGUGAGAGUGGAGGAGAAGGCACUAGCACCUCGUGUCCACUCUGAACUGGAGAUCACUCCCAUCUGGACCUGGCCUGGAUAUUCUGCUGAAUCAGUAGAAACUCCCCAGCACGACUCAGCCUCUUUUGUAGUUGAUUCAGGAGUGCAACAACACAAGUCUCAGAAGUCUGUUAGUAUUGAUUGUCCUAAUGGCUGGACUCACUACCGGAGGAACUGCUAUAUUUUGGGGCCUGGUAGUGCUAGCUGGAGCAGCACACAACAUGCUUGCAUGCUGCUUGAAAGUGAACUGGCCAGUAUCCACUCAAAGACUGAUAUGAAGUGGAUGUGGAAGUUUGCUGGAAAGCAAUCAUUCUGGAUCGGACUCUCUGGCGGUCCAAAGCAGUGGUGCUGGACAGAUGGAAAACCACUGACGUUCUCCAAACUCAGGAAGGAUCACGAGGCGCACACUAGCUCUGAUGCCAGCUGUGUUUUAGCUCAGAGCCAGAAGAUAUGGAUUCCUAAAAGUUGCAUUGAUGGAUCCGAACACAGAUAUGUUUGUUCAGCACCUGCACAAAUCAGUUAAACCAGAUAUUUAAUUUAUAAUGGUCUUGUUUCUUAAUGAUUCAAAAUACAUUGUAGUCUUCGA